AUGGCAAAUUAUAUGAUUAAAUAGGUUUAAUAAUUUGAAUAAGAACAUAAAAGUUUGGUUCCAAUGAUAUACUAGAUUUUGAGUAGUUUUUUCUUCGCAUUAAAUCAUUUUAGUGUGAAAUUAUUUGAUGGGAUUCCAGUGACAUAAAUAAUAAUUUGGAGAUGUGCUUUAACAUUUAUAAUAAUUAGAAUGAUGAAUGAAAUAUUACCAUUAUAAUCAUAUCCAUAAAAGAAGAUAAUGAAUAAAUUAUUAUUAAGAGGAGCAAUAGGAAUGUUUGGUUUUUUGGCUUGUUUCAGUUCAUUAAAAUUGGUAGCAGUAUCAGAAGCAGUAGUAUUAAUGAAGACAAAUCCAAUAUGGACUACUUUAAUAUAAGUAUAUAUAUAAAAGAAGGAGAAGAUAAAUAUGAGAACAGGAAUAGAGAUUAUAAGUUGUAUAAUAGGUGUAAUAUUUAUAACAAAGCCUCCAAUAAUAUUUGGGAAUGAGAAUUAAGAAUAUUCAUUAAUAUACUUGAUAGGACUAUGUUUGGCAUUAGUAACAGGAUUAGAGACAGCAAUAGCAUAAGUGAUUAUUAAAUCAUUAAAUAAUCAAGUUCAUUCAUUUGUGAUAUUACAAUACUUUUCAUUAUUCGCAGUAUCUGGUGCAGUAAUCUUUCAAUUGUAUUCCCCUUUCGAAGACAUGAGGUUUCUAUAAUUGAUGGAGACUAUCAUACUUUUGUUUAGUGGGUUUCUUGGUUGCUUAGGAUCUAUGUUUAUGAAUAGAGCCAUGAUGUUAGGUAAAAUAACAUAAAUGGCUCUUAUUAGUGAAACAUAAAUUGUCUUUAAUAUACUAUUAGAUUUACUUAUCUUAUAGUAGACUAUUGGUUUCUUUAGUUGGAUUGGAAUGGCCAUCAUUGCUGCUAGUCUUACAUCAAAUAUUAUGUAGAAAAACUGA